AUGUUACUCCAACUUCCUUACCAUUUUGCCAACUCUCGUGGAUUAGAUGCUAUCGACCUUAAUGAUGAUGAUAUUGAAGAUCGGAGGCAAGAUAGUAUUCAACACUGGCAUUGGAAAGAGGAUGAGAUGCUGAUCAGUGCAUGGUUAAAUGUUUCAACUGACCCUAUAGUUGGUACCGAUCAAAAGGGAAAAACAUUUUGGAGUCGAAUUCAUAGCUAUUGUGUAGAAUUUUGCUCCGACAUGACAAGGGGGGUAGUUGCAUGUAAGAAACGAUGGUAUAAGAUCAACAAGGCUGUUGCACAAUUUGCUAGUUGUUACGAUCAAGCUAGUCGAAACAUAAGGAGUGGUUCGAACGCUGAUGAUAUAAAGGAGUUGGCUUAUAAACUUUAUUCCACAAAUUAUGGUCAAAAAUUCACAUUUGAGAGACAUUGGAACAAGCUUUGGUUGGAGCGAAAAUGGAGAAGCCAACUACCUACACAGAGUGGCGGCUCAAAGAGAACCAAGGUUAGUGCAACUGGAGCAUACUCAUCCUCAUCAAACCCAGAAACACCGUUGGCUGACGAACCCGGUGUGGACUCUCCCGUUCGCCCACAAGGAUCAAAGAAGAGCAAGCGAAAAGGUAAGGGAAAAGCACAGAUGUCUGAAGAUUUUAGCGAAAGAAAAUCAUCGGUUGUCAAAAAAUUAUCUCUCAUGGAAGAUAUUAAGAAUGUUAGAGAAAAGUAA